GUGGUCACGGGCGCAUGGGCCUCGCUACCAUCCUGGGGCUCAGUGUCCGGUGGCAUUUCGAAUGCUUACGCUGCCGCCACCGAGUCAGUGAACGCAGCGGUGGCCAAUGCUCCAAACACAGAGCAGCUGGUGGACAGCGUGAAGAAUGCAGCCAGUGGAGCAGCCGAGAAGGCGCAAGACAUGGUGGCACAGAUGCCGGACGCGGGGAAGGUGGUCGAAGAGAUGCAGACCGCAGCCUCUGGAGCUGCCACGAUGGCAACAGAAGCUGCUUCUGCCGCCCAGGCUGCCGUGUCAGGGGAUGGCACGCCAGCGCCUGAGGGUGGUGCAGAGGCUACGGCUGCCGAGGGGGUGACAGCCGCUGAGAAGCCAGCUUCCGAGGAACCGCCGGCAGAGCAGCCGGCCGCCGAGCAGCAGCCAGCACAAGAAGCGCCCGCAGAACAGCCGCCUGCGGAGGAGCCAGUUGCGGAACAGCCUGCAGAACAGCCAGCAGCAGAGGUGCCAGCCGCUGAAGAGAAAAAGGAGGAGCCUGCCAUAGCUGAGGCUGUCCAGCCAGCUGCGGAGGAGAAGAAAGAGGAGGCAGCCCCUGCAGAAACGAACCCAGCACCGGAGACCGCUGAAGCAGCAGAGGAGAAGAAGGAAGACGCCGCUGCAGAGGUCCCGCCAGCAGAACCGGCAGAGGCUGUUGAGGAGAAGAAGGAGGAUGCAGCUCCUGCAGCAGAGCCUCCUGCAGCAGAGCCUCCUGCAGCAGAGCCUCCUGCAGCAGAGCCUCCUGCAGCAGAGGCCCCUGUGGAGGCUCCUGUCGAGACUCCCAUAGAGUCUGCUGAGGAGAAGAAGCAGGAGGAGUCAGCAACCCCUGUUCCUGAGCCAGCGGCAGAGGAGAAGAAGGAAGAGGCAGCUGCUUAG